AUGAAGCAAGCAGGUAAAUUCGAUUUUUUCUGCCUCCUGGUGGCUGCUAGUAUUUUAUUCAAGAGCGCAGAGGCAUUUGCUGUGAGUGCCUCUCUAAGUUUAUUCUAUUUCGACAGCACUAGCAACAGGUCUGUGUCCGAGCAGUGUGAAUGUGGCCUCUAUGGAUUAAAUUCUCCUCUGCUUAGUGCUCGGGGGCUCGUGGGCGUUCCUAAGUCUGCUAAUCUUCAAGCCUGUGACGCAAAUACCCAGUUCACCAUCACAAACCCACCGUGGCUAGCACUGAUUGAAAGAGGCAAUUGCAGUUUUGCUGAAAAAAUUAAGGUGGCAGCCAGAAGGGGUGCAACAGCAGCUGUGAUCUACAACGCGCCGGACAAAGGCAACGACACCGUCCUGAUGUCGCAUCUCGGUGCUGAAAGCAUCGUUGCAAUUAUGAUUGGCAACCUGAAAGGCAUGGAGAUCUUACACCGGAUUGAGAGUGGCAUGAAAGUCACUAUGGUUAUUGAAGUGGGGAAAAAGCAUGGUCCUUGGAUGAAUCAAUACUCCAUCUUCUUCAUCUCAGUGUCGUUCUUCAUUGUCACAGCAGCAACCAUGGGCUACUUUAUUUUUUAUUCUGCUCGGAGACUCAGGAUUGCAAGGGCCCAGUCCAGGAAGCAGCGACAGCUAAAGGCCAAGGCCAAGAAGGCCAUUGAACAGUUGCAGCUGCGCACCCUGAAGCAAGGUGACAAGGAAACUGGUCCUGAUGGAGAUAGCUGUGUUGUGUGCAUUGAACUGUACAAGCCGAACGAAGUAGUGCGUAUUCUGACUUGCAACCACCUCUUCCACAAGAACUGUAUUGACCCCUGGCUUCUGGAACACAGGACAUGCCCCAUGUGCAAAUGUGACAUACUCAAAGCUUUGGGUGUUGAGGUAAGGACUGAGUCUGUGCAAGCCACAGUAUCCAGUAGGACAUCAAAUAUCUCUACAGUUAAUGAAGAGGAUAAUCAUAGUGAAACAGCAUCAUCUGGAUAUGCUUCUGUACAAGGAGCAGAUGAAUCUGUUCUUGAGGAACAUGUACCAUCAGAAAAUGACAACAUGCAUCUUGUGAACAAUGAAUCCCAGCCCUCAGCUGUGAAUGUCCUUCCACAUGUUGACAACCCAAGUUUUGAGGAAGAUGAAACACAAGUUCAUGAAGUCAGAUCCUAAGAACAUGCCCGGCAAUGUGGUGUAAGCCUUCUGCAAGGAGCCUGCUGCCUUCAUGUAUAUACCAAACGUUGCAAGACUGUAGCAGAAAAAUACUGCCUUGGCAAUGCUGAGAUCAAAUAGACUUGUUCAAAUCAUAAUUGUAUGGUUUGCUAUUCUUAAAACUGCAUCUUCCAUGUGGAAUUUAGUUUUAGCACUCUUCAGAUAAAGCUGUCUUAAAUAUAAAGAAAAACAUCGGAUUUUAACACUAAAACAAAAGUUCCAUCUUCGGCAAAACGUCUCUUCAGUGUCUAAGUCGUUUAUAAGUAAGGAGAAGAUUCUUCAUGUUUUCGCUGUCUCUACUGGGAAUUGUUUUGACUUGGGUUUUUUUGUUGUUUUAAUUCAAGUGGAUUUUCGUUGUAAACAAAUUGAUUUUGAUCUGGUUUAAUACCUCUUUACCAGACACAGUUUAGUUUAAAGCAACACUGUAUUUAAUAUUUCAGUGCACUAAUUUGAUAGGAUGAAGUACAAACUAACACCUGUCAAACUGGAUUUUUGCCCACAGUGUCUUUCGUUCUCUAGUAAACCGCUUGAUUCUCUACCUCUCAACUCCAACCUGCCAACCAUACAUUCCUAAAGGGAAAAAAAGAGCUUCGAGCUGACAGACGAAAUCUGACUUGCACAAUACUGUAAAGGGAACAACUGCAGGAACUGUUCUAACCUGUUAAUAUUAGACAGUCUGAAAGAUCCUCUGUGAUUUUUGGAGUUAUAACCAUCUCUAGCACCAGCAAUACACCAGUGUCCUGGCUUUGUGAGAAUCUGGGAUGACUUCAGAAAGACUGAACUAAAGAUGAAAAGACAGAUUCUUCCCAAAGGAUCUUCUGUGCUUUGUUCAGAAAAUGAUCCAACCUCUGAAAAAUGCUGGACUGUUGCUGUGCACUCUUGCCUGUGUGCUAAAGCUGCAGGGAGAGCUGAUGUCCUGUAAAGAUAAUGGGUGAUUAGAGUUGUCUGCCAUCUGUGGAGAGUUGAACUGGGGUUGAGGAGGAACACUGGGUGCCUCAACAGUGAGUGUAGGGCCUGGCCCAGUGAAGGUAACUACGGACA